AUGGCGGCGGCGCUGGGCCGGGGGCUGGACAUCAGCCUGGCGGCGCUGCGGCAGCACGACCCCUACAUCAGCGGCAUCGUGGACGUGGCCAGCCAGGUGGCGCUCUACACCUUCGGCCACCGCGCCAGCCAGUGGGAGAAGACGGAUGUGGAGGGAACGCUGUUUGUUUACACAAGAUCGGCCUCUCCAAGGCACGGUUUCACAAUUAUGAACAGGCUGAGCAUGGAAAAUCGGACGGAACCUAUCACUAAGGACCUCGAUUUCCAGCUCCAGGACCCUUUCUUGCUCUACAGAAAUGCCAGAUUGUCCAUAUAUGGGAUUUGGUUUUAUGAUAAGGAAGAAUGCCAAAGAAUUGCAGAGCUCAUGAAAAACCUAACUCAGCAGGAACAAUUCAAAGCACAGCAGGGCACAGGAACAGGGGUGUCCCCCAUGAUCAUGAAUUCUGCUAAUAACAAAGAAGUGGAUAUCUUACGGAUGCUUACCAAGGCCAAAGAUGAGUACACCAAGUGUAAGACCUGCUCAGAGCCGAAACAAAUAACCAGCUCCUCUGCCAUCUACAACAACCCCAACCUAAUCAAACCCAUUCCAGUGAAGCCCAGUGAGAAUCAGCAUCAGCGAAUCUCCCAGCAGAGCAAGAGCGUGGAUGCCGAGCCGCAGCACCUGUCUCUGACAGCGCUGUUCGGCAGACAGGACAAGGCCGAUGUCUCGGAGGCGCUCGGCCAGCAGCAGGAGAAGGCGCCAGCCCGGCAAGGUGUGGUUCGCUCGCUGUCCUACGAGGAGCCCGGCAGGCACUCCCCGUGCGCCGAGAAGCAGCUGUGCCCCGCCAUCCAGAAGCUGAUGGUGCGUGGCACGGAGCUCCAUCCCCUGGCCGAGUUCCCCGAGAGGAACCCUCUCUGUGAAAACGGCACCGUGCCUCCCGUGGGCGAGGCCUUCCCGGGCCUCUUCCAGCCCGUGCCCUCGCAGGGCAUGGCCGCGGCUGCCGGCGCUCAGGACGCCGCCGGCGCCCAGAGCUUGCUGCACAAGCUGCAGAGCCGCUCGGGCUCCGGGACUAAAGUGGAGCCCGCUGCCGCAGCGCCUGGGAACUCCACGGCCUCGGUGUUCAGCAGGACUCCUGCUCCCGUUGGAGCUCCAGCAGCGCCGGGAAAUAACGUGAGCCAGCCCCCUCUGGUGUAUUUCAAUGGGUCCCUACAGGGCCAGACUUUAGAGCCUCAGGCGCUUGGUAAAGAACAGUCCAAACUGCCCAGACAACCGCUCGCCCUCUCUGGCAACCAAGCAGCCAGCUCUGGGGUGAUUUCCCCUCAAGAACUGUUGAAAAAGCUCCAGAUAGUGCAACAAGAGCAGCAGCUCCAUGUAUCCAGCAGACCGACGUUGGCAGCUAAGUUCCCCGUCGUUACCCAGAGCACCAACGCCCUGAAACCACUGGAUUCCUGGAUAGAAAAGGCUCCGGGCACAGAAAAACAGAGCGCUCUCUUCCAGGUGAUGCUUUCCCAGCGUGGAGAGAGCUCUGACUUCCCGAGAUGUGAUGCUGUAAAUCCUGCAGGCCACAUCCCUCACACAUCAGUGAUGACCAGAAACCCUGCAGUGCUGGGUCAUCCCAGAGCCCCUUUGAAAAGUCACCUGCUUUGCACUUGCCAUCCUUGAGCUGUUAGGUGUAAUUGCUUGCUACCGAAUGUAAUAAUUUGGGUUUAAUAAUUAUUUUCUGCGAAAUUAGUCACAGCUUUCUCUGUGUAGAUGUGCAUUCUUUUGUAUGCCGGUUGCUAAAGACAUUUAGAAGGUCCACUGUUUUCUAACAGCAACUUUUUGAGCUAUUUGUAUAUUGGCCAGUUAGUUAUCUUGUACCACACCUGCUGCUUUUAGGUAUUUUUCUUCAAUUUGUUGAGUAUUAUUUUAACAGAAGGUCUUGUGGCUGAAGGGCGUAAAAAAAAUCUGGUUAUUUUGAUCCUAGAAGUCAGAUUGGCAUAUUUAAAAAUUCAGGAGGUGUUAAGAGACUCUCUCAUGAGGACGGUUUUAUGUUCUUCAGAAAAGCAAGACGUGAAAUUACAAAAUGCCCCAUCCAAAACAACGACUGUCAUUAACAACCUCAUCUUCUGUAGGAUAUUCUACACUGGAAUGUCUUUACAGGUCCUGUCUGGAAUGCAUCUGAGCCCUUUUCAGCUUCCUUUCUUGUAGACAGGCUGUGUCAUGUGGCAGUCUAGAAAUUACUGAUCCCAAGCAUUCCCCUUCCCAGUGUAAAAUUGCAAAGCUGCUUUUCUGUUGUGACUAUUCCAUUCCUCUAUUUCUGUUCUAUUCUGGUUUUUCUCUUUUAUUCUAUUUUUCUAAUUCUGUCCAGACCUGAUUGAAACACUACAGGGUAUUUCAAUGUUCUAGAAAGUUCUUCUAUACAUGAAAAGGCUGAAAGAGUUAUUUAAUAGUAAAAGAGCCACGUCUGUCACUAAGUUUGUGACAGGUCAAGUUUUCUAAUUCCAUGAGAGAGGUAGGAAGAAUAUGAAUUUGAUACAGCAAAUAGCCAUCAUUUUUGUUGUUGUUGUUCUUUUAAUUAAUGCAGUAGGAUUUGAGUCUGUAUGAGAGUUUUUUGGGGAUUAGUCAUUGAAAUUAUUCAGGAUCAGUUGCUUACAGAUGGUAACUUUGACUCUCCAGCGGAGAGCUAAAGAAUAAAAGGAAGAUCCAAAGUCAAAAAAAAAAAUCGAUUUGUUUUCACUGGGAAUGGAGCUUGCCUGCUUUAAAUGUAAGAAAUUGUGUGAUUCACUGGUACAUGUACUGAUAGCAUGAGGAAGGACAUAAUGAAGAUAAAAGUGAAAUGAGGCAAGUCCAGGCUGUACAUUGUAAGUCAGUAUGCAUGAAUAAAAAAUAAGGAAAUACGCUGAUAUAUUUCUUCCAAUGAAAAGUCCCUACAGAUGCUGCUAUGGCCGAUGUCUUUAAUGUUGUAUAUAUGAAAAAGACUGGUGCCAGCAUUAGUUUCAAUAUGGAAAGGCAAUUCCUGAGGUCUGGUCAGUGCAGCUUGUGAGAAAAGAAAAGUCUUCUCUGGACCAAGGCUUAUUCCCUGUAAUUAUUGCUGCAAGUUUGCCUUAAGAAAUAAAAGCAGCAACUGAGAUUCUCAGUCUCCAUUUGCAGGGCUGUGAGCAGAACAAGGAGACUGAGGCUGUCCAGGAGUGGCUUCACAGGUUGCCACAGCUGCCCUGAACACAAUAUUAGAUGCAUUAAAUUUGGAGAUUUAAUGCACAGACUGAAAAUGAUAAUGAAAGUGUUGCUAAUUAUUGUUCAGGACAGCCAAAGCUCCGCAGUCUAGGGGGAAUGGCCUCUUUCACGUGCAGCAGAUUGCCACAAAAGCAAAAAGCAGGGAGGCUAAAAAUGGAGGAAGGACUCUUUUCCUUUGGAAGCCACGAAUUAGCCACACAAAACAUGCCUGCUUUUGAGAAAGAACCUGGAAGAUAAAAACCAACUUUUUAAACCAACAUUAAUCUUUUUGUAAUAUUAUCCUUGCAGUAGACCAGAGGCUGCAAGUGCUGCCAUGCCUGCAGAGUAGAUAUUCGAGUGAAAUUGAAUUGGCACAAAUAUAUCUGCACAUGCUCAUGCAAAAUUGAUCAAAGCAGAUUCUGACAACAAGUGCAGCAAAAGGUUUGUUCUCUGUAAUUAUUUGUCUUUUGGUAUUGCCUCUCGUACUAGGCUUCAGCAUACAGAAAAAGCAGAAGUCUGACAGGAAUAGAGAGAUUGCUGAACAGUGUCUGUUGUUGGAAAAAUCAGAUUAAAGGAACACCCUAAAUCCAUCAGCAGCACUAAGAAAAAUAUAAGCAAUAGUCCUUUCCACAACUGACACUUUACAAGUCCAAGUUUAAAUUGGCUUCUGCUGCAUCUCCAUAUGGUAUAAGAACUGUGAUCUCCCACAUGGAAAGGAAGAGACCAGUUACCAAAAAAAUGGGGAAGGGAGGAAAAAAAAAGAGAAGAAGGAAAAAAGAAAAAGCUGAAGAAUAAUACUUGGAAGCAUUCAGUCUGGUCUGGAGCCAGCCCUGUUUUGUGAAAUGUUCCUUAUGCAGACAGUGAGUAACAUGUGCUUAAGAUACAAUAAAAAAGCAUUAAUCUACAGUGGGCUUUUAGGGAUAUGUGUAGUGUUAGGCAUGUGUCAUCCUGAUUAUAGAUACAUGCAUGCUGAAGUGUUUAUGUUAAUCAGAAUGACGGUUUUUAAAGUGCUUACAAUAACCCAGACACAAAUUUAUCAUUUCUUCAGAAGGCUGCAUAUCUUGCAGCUCAUUUUUCGCAUU